GGAGAAAGAGCCCUCAGUCGCUUUCCGCACGCAAGUCGGGCUGCAUCGGGAGGGGAAAGAGCGAUCGGACUUAACCUAGAAGUGGCUCAUCAAGAGCAGUGUUAUCUGGAGUGAGUGAUUAGAGGCGCCUUAGUCAAGUCGUGGGAAUCUUCCACCGGUCGGGACACACGGAAUUCUUCGGCGAAGACAUUUUUGGGUUUUGUUUUGGGGUCGGUUUGUUAAAAUUUAAGAUUUAUACGUUAGUCGUUGCCGGGAGAUAAACCGGUACAGUGGCUGAAUACAUCAUAAAUCAGACGGUGAGUUUGCCUUAAGAUCCUCACGCGCCUCAGCAUGUCCCACGGACAACGGACGGCGUGUUCCGCCACCGACUGGUUGCUGGCCGCGGCUGGGCCCAGUGGUAGCAGCUCCGAGAACCGAUCGGUGCCCUUUUGCAACUGUGAAUAUCCGGCCGUAACGAGGUCUCGGCAUACGGCCAAAAAGGUGGAGCGAUGUCGUUGUGGCGAGGACACCUCGACCCGGCUGGAUUGGGUUUGGGAUGGUGAGGAGGCCCAUCCGGACACGCGAAUUACCAACGGGACCGAGCUAGUGUUUCAUCCGGUGUACAGCCAGGGGACGGCCGUGAUACGGGGUACGCAGCCGCUGCAGCACGGACGACAUCACUACUGGGAGAUUAAGGUGCUGAGCACGCUGGCGGGAACGGAUAUUAUGCUCGGCAUCGGCACCGACAAGAUCGACCUGCUGGCCCACCGCUUCAAGUUCGCCAGCGUCCUCGGCCAGGACGACCAAUCGUGGGGCUACUCGUACCGUGGCCUCACCCAGCACAACGGCCAGCUCAAGUACUACGGCAAAAAGUUCAGCCAGGGUCGCAUCAUCGGCAUCUACGUGGACAUGUUCCGGGGCGUGCUGGAGUUCUACCUGAACCGCCGGUCGCAGGGCCGAGCCUACACGAAUCUACCCCGGGACGCUGCCGUGCGCGUCUUCCCAAUGGUCUGCUCGACGUCGGCCAAGUCUUCGCUCAAGCUGAUCAACGCGGCCUCGUUCGGCGACAGUCUCGUGUUUGCCUGCAUGAAGGUCGUCUGCCGGUAUCCGAAGCUGCUGGAGCAAGCGAAAGAGGUUCCGGGGCUGCGACGGCUGAUCGACGAGCUGUGGUUCCUGCAGUUCAAGGAACCGAAAAAGACUGAUGAGUUUCAGCGGAACAAUCUGCUGCUGGAAGAUGAGGCACUGCUGUGUGGCAUGAAGAAGAAGAAGUUCAACGAAAUUGUGUCCCAAAGUCAGCCGAAAGCGGUCACGGAGACCGAAAGUGAGAGCAUUACGGAGGAUCAGAUUUACGAAGGAAUGCUGACGGAGGCUGAUGUCCGGAAGGGAAAGGGAGCGGGAGGGAGUGGGAGUAGCAAUUGUAGCAGUAGCAGCGAAGACGAGGAGCUGGCCUCUAUGAUUUCGAGAGAGUUCUUCUGUAAUCAUUAGGAUUAGAUAGUGAGGCGAGUUUUGUUGAGAGAAUAGUUACCGAGUGUCUAAAAGUUGGGCUGAUUGUUUAAAUUGGCAAAUCUUUCGAGAGAUUUACUUAUAACGGAAUUAGUUCGUAAUUUGUGAUAUGAAAUGUUUAGUUUAAACAUAUUUAAUCAUUGUUUACCAUAACCUGUUCAAUGUUAGUGUAAUAUGUAACUAUAUGGAAAGAUUCUUCAGGAUCUACGUCAAUGUAUAAGCUGCCAAGAAGUGCUUUAUACCAUUUAAGCAUUUUUAAAUAAUCCUACCAACAUCAUUAUAUGUCUUCAGCAAACUAUAAAAUAAUUUCAUAAUAUAAAAGUAAUAAAUAUAAUAAACCUGCCUG